AUGGCCCGCGCACCGAUCGACAAGCUCCCGCCAGAGCUCGUCGCCCGCAUCGUCGACCUCGCCGUCGAGGGUUGGCCGUCGACCGUCCGCCUGCGAGCCGCGACCUUGCGCAACCUCGCCCUCGUCGCACGAGCCUGGGUCGAGCCGGCACAACGCGCACUCGAAGCACGAGUCCACAUCGACUCGUACGGUCGAGCGCGCGCCUUUCUCGUCCGGCGUCGAGCGUCGGCGCGGCCUCUCGUCCUCGACGAGCUGGUCCUGUUUUUCGACUUCGCGCCUCAAGACGACGACUUUUACCCGCUGUCCGACCUCCAAGUCGUCGAGCUGUGUUGCAUGGGCGGCGACGAGGGUGCCCAGAUCCGCUCGCUCCACCUGCGGUCGACGCUCUUCAUGGCGGCGUUCGACCUCAACCUGCUGCGCCUGCCCGCCUUGCGAGCCCUGCGCCACCUCCGUCUCAACCUUCCGCUCGAGGUGCCGGCCGACUUUGCGCCGCUCGCGCUCCGGCUCGAGCGCCUCUCCCUCUCGGCCAUGGUCGACCAGCCCGCCUCGCUCUUCCGGCCCCUCCUCGAGUCGUCGCAAGACACCCUGACGGCCCUCGACCUGUUUGUCAUCAAGAGCGGCUCGCCCCUCCACGAGCGCCUCGUCGCCGCCUUCCCCUCCCUCCCCUCGCGACUGCGCCAAAUCUCGAUCUCGACGCACUGGGUCGCCCUCCCCGACUCGCUCGUCGACCUCGUCGCGUCGUGCAACAACCUGUGCACCCUGUCGCUCGACGGCGUCCCCCUCGAGCAGGUCCUCGACGUCGUCCUCCCUCGCCUCUCGAUCACCUCGCUCGUCGCCCUCGACCUCACCCUCCCGUCCUCGUUCACUUCGUCCUCGCAUGCGGCCACCUCCUUCGUCGACCGCAUCCUGCGCAUCGACGCCCUGCGCGGCGUGCGCUUCCUCACGGCGACGCGGCGCAUCGAGAGCGCGAGCGACGAGCUGCCGAGCCGGCGCGAGUGGCGGCACGAGGGACGGCCCCAGCCGUGUCGUCCGCUUCCGUGA